AUAUUAAAAUUCUAUUAAAAUAUGAAUCUUUAUAAGGUAUCAUCUCUUCCAAGGUCAAUCAUCUCUAUGCAGUACUAUAUUAUGAUAAACCGAUAUCAUAUUGCAAAUGUAAAAAAAAUGGGUUCAAUCAUCUCAAAGUUUCAAAAAAAGAAAUCAACUCAAGAAACGUUAGAGAUUAUGGAAAAGGAAAUUGAUAAAUUAGAAGAAAAUCAAAAUAGAAAUCGAGAUCUUCAAAAAUCGAUUGUUCUUUCCUUUCUCAUUUUCUCUGUUAUUUUAUAUGUAUUAGCUGCUGUUAUAUUUUAUCUUUGGUACUUUCCAAAAAAAUGGUUACAGAGACUAUUAUAUUUGCUGCCGUUUAUUGGGUUUCCUGUGUUAAUUUUCUUUUUAAAAAAGUUAUUACAUUUUAUUUUUGUUACAAGAAUUGCUAGAAAUGCUAGAACUCUUGCUAACUUGAAAAAAGAAAAGAAAAGAAUACUAGAAAAUGUAAUGGAAACAGAAACAUACAAAGUUGCCAAAGAUAUUUUGCAAAGAUUUGAUCCUAAAAGGAAACUUGUAGAGCAAGAUUUUUCUAUAGCAGAAAAUAAAACUCCUUCUAAAGAUUCAGAUAAUAAAAUGCUAACAACAAGUAUAACAACCAGUCAAGUUACGCCAGUGUUAAGAAACAAACCUCCCCAAGUCACGUCUAAUAAUAUUGUUAAUUCAAGAAAUGGUCCACAAUUAGUUUCACCAGGACAACAAGGACCAACACCAAAUAAAUUUUUAGGACAACAGGGACCAUCGCCAUAUAAAAUAGCUGCUCCCAUUCUGCCUCAAAAUAGAUCAGCAUUUGAUAAGAUUGCAGAGUAUUUUGUUGGUGAUGGACCUAGCAACAGAUAUGCUUUAAUUUGUAAACAAUGUUUUUCUCACAAUGGAAUGGCACUUGCUGAGGAAUUUGAGUUUAUUUCAUACAAGUGUUGCUAUUGUAAUACAUUUAAUCAAGCGCGUAAACAGAGAUCUCAUGCACCUAAGCUUUCACAACACGAUUCUGAUCAGUCAGAUUCUGAUCAUUCAAAAGAUAAAUUGAAUAUAAAUGGGAUUGAAGGAAGAAAUUUAAAAAAUAUUGUACCAAAAGAAGCUGAUGAAGCAAUCAUAACAGCAACUGAUGAUGAGCACCAAGAUUCGAAAAAAAUUAAUUAGUGCAGAGUUUUUUUUUCAAAUUAUAUAAAGGUUAUGAAGAGAUUAUUGAUGUCAAUAAAAUGAGUCAAACUUUUAUUGAAAUAAAUAUAGCUGGAUUAUAAAAAAUUUAUGAAUAUAAAAAGAAAGAAACAUGUUAA